CACACGCACACACACACACACACACGUAUGAUAGAUUACCAAAUACACUUAUUUUGUAUUUAAAUAAAUAAACAGACAUUGCGACUUUUACAAUAAUACGUCGCACUAAUUUAUAGAUUAAUGGAUUCUAGAUUCUAGAAUCGUAAAAAAUAUCUUUACUUUACUCAAAAUUCACCCCACAUUCUUGGGUCUUCUGAGACGCUGUAAUUUGAGCUCGAGGGCUGGUUUCACCGACAGACUGCCCACUUCCUCCAACGAAGGACACGCUGACAAAGUACCGACUGUUCAUCCCAAAAAGAAGGGAAAGAAAUGGCUGAAAGGUGUCUAACAUGAGGACUUCUCUGCCACCUCCUGGUGCUGCUGGACCCCGGCUGAACAACAACCAGCUGUACAAAUUCAGCUACACCACCGAGGUACUGGUGGACGGGACCAGGGGGUCCAAAGAGGGCAGUGCUGGCUACAAGAUCUCAAGCGACGUGGACGUCCACCUCGUGUGGAGAGGCCCGAGCAGCAAAGAUGACCAACUGAUUCAACUGGCGAUCUCAAAUGUGAGGAUCGGUCCUGCGUCCCACCGAUCAGAGAAGAAGAAUGUGCUCCAUGGAUCCACUGCAGAAAGCAUUUUGGGGAAGACCAAACUGGCAGCUCUGACUAAACCGUUCUUAUUACAUCUGAAAAAUGGAAAGGCAAAAGCAUUUUAUUCCUACUGGUCCGAACCUGCAACCAUCAAGAACCUAAAAAGAGGGCUGGCCAGCUUACUGCAAGUACAGCUCAACACUGGGAAGGUUAUAGAGAACGAUGUGUCUGGAAGGUGCAUGGUCGAGUACAGAGCAGUACAAGGUCAAGUGACGAGAACCAAGAUCCUAGAGACGUGUAAGACUGUGGAGACUGGAUUCACCACACACAGUCAGGUGUUUGGUGUGAGCCGGAAGUCCAGUUCUGUUACAACGUUCACACUUGAAGAUGGUUUCAUCCGCUCGGCUGUGGCUGAAGAAACGCACUCGGUGACUGUUAACGCCCGCCGGUCUACUGCAGCUAAAGUCAUAUCCAGGCAAACCUUCAAAUUUGUAGGAACAGAGGCUGGACCACUGGAGGCUGCUGGGAAAGAUGUGGCUGGUGUUGUCAAGUCAAUCGAUGCCAAACUGGCAGCUGUUGGUAUCAUUGCAGAAAAGGUCACAUCCCAGUGCAAGGGCUGUCCAUCACUUUUUGAACAUUGGCAGACUCAGCGGAAGCAGCUGGAGCCGGCGAGCCUGUCCAAAGCCGCGGCUCCUCGCAGCUUCCUGGCCCUCAUCCAGAGCAUUAGGAAGGCGUCCAAGGACGAGAUCCUCAAAGUGCUGAAGAGUGCCAGCAAGACAUCUCUACCUCAGGUGGUAGAUGCUGUGACCUCCUCCCAGACCGUUGCGUCGCUGGAUGCCAUGCUGGAAUUCCUUAACUUCACCGAUGCCAAAGGUUUUGUUCUGCAGGAGAGGUUUCUCUACGCCUCGGGCUUCGCUUCACAUCCCAACGAGAGAAUGCUCCAGGUUCUGCUGGAUAUUUCAAAGGGAAAAAUUGGCAGCACAGACAUUAAAGAGUCAGUGGUGAUCAUUAUGGGAGCCCUGGUCCAUCGACUGUGUCAGAAAGGAGGGUGCAACUUACCGACAGUGGUCCAGGUGAAGAAGCUGAUUUUAGACGGUGCUGGCAGCGCGCAGGGAGAGCCCGAGGUCCAGAUGUAUCUUCUGGCUCUGAAGAACUCUCUGCUGCCCGAGGCCGUCCCCAUCUUUACCAAAUAUGCAGAGUCAGAGGUGGGAGCUUACAACACCAUCGCCCUCACUGCCCUGCAGAGAUACGAUGUCAAUCUCAUGACCGAUGAGGUUAAGCGGACAGUCGGCAGAAUUUACCACCAGAAUCAACGGAUCUAUGAGAAAAACGUGAGAGCAGCCGCUGCCGAUGUCAUCCUCAGUAGCAGACCCUCAUACAUGGAGGUCAAGAAUCUGCUUCUGUCUAUUGGAAACCUGCCUCAUGAAAUGAACAAGUACAUGCUGUCCAAGAUCCAGGACAUCAUCCGCUUCCAGUUGCCAGCCAGUAAAGUUUUACAACAAGCUAUGAAGGACAUGGUUUCUCAUAACUAUGACCGUUUUGCUAAAGUUGGGUCGUCUUCUGCAUUCUCAGGAUUCAUGGCACAAUCUCCUGAUGUGACCUCCACAUACAGUUUGGACAUCCUGUAUUCAGGCUCUGGGAUCCUGAGGAGAAGCAACAUGAAUAUUUAUGGUGCUAGUAAAGGAGCAAUGCUACAUGGACUACAGGUGGCAAUUGAGGCCCAGGGUCUGGAGUCACUGAUUGCUGCCACACCCGAUGAGGGAGAGGAGGACCUGGAGUCGUUCGCCGGGAUGUCGGCUCUGCUGUUCGACGUCCAGCUGCGGCCCGUCACCUUCUUCAAGGGUUACAGUGACCUCAUGUCCAAAAUGUUCUCCAUGACCGGGGAGCCCAUGAAUGUCGUAAAGGGUCUCAUCCUGCUGACUGAUCAUUCUGAGGUGAUCCAGCUGCAGUCCGGUCUGAAAGCGAGUGCGGAGUUCCAAGGAGGGUUAGCCAUUGACAUCUCUGGAGGCAUGGAGAUCAGCCUGUGGUACAGGGAGUCCAAGACCAGCGUCAACAACAGGGGAGCGUUAGUGGUUACUGGCAACGUUACGGUGGACAUGGACUUCAUGAGAGCGGGUGUGGAGGUCAGCUUUGAAACUGAAGCAUCGCUGGACUUUAUCACCACUGUGCAGUUUUCUGAAUAUCCAUUCCUAGUGUGCAUGCAGAUGGACAAAACUACCUUUCCCGUCAGUGAAUACAUGACCAAGUAUGAGAGGGUGUCAUCGGGGAAGAGCGUUGAGUCACGUAAGAGCAAGAAGCAGCUCGUCCCCGGCUCUGAAUUCCCUCUUCACCAGGAGAACUCAAACAUGUGCAAGAAAGUUUUUGAGUCCGAUUGGUAGAAGGGAUACAAUGAACUAUCCAGGGGCGAAUAUUGUCACUCAAAGAGGGCUUAUUGCAUUCAGGGACCGCUAUCACACCUCAACCUCAUGCAGUGAAAGCAUGCAAGAGAGAAGAGGCGUGCAUGUUUUUAUCUUUUUAACAACAAAUGCAAAGUUUACAUUCCUGUGAGUAUUUAAGUUGUUUUAAUUUGACAUUUUGUUUGAGACCAGGAAUUCUUGCAUUGUCUUUUUAUGGAUUUUCUUAAAACAUUAUUUAUGGGCACACACAAGAAGCAUGAUUUAUUCAAUGGCAGCAUGACAAAUACUACUGUAAUUAACCCAACCCAGUUACAGUAUAAAUCUACAUGUAAAUAUCACUGUAGACAGUGGCUUGACUCUCCCCCAUGAAUGGAAACGCUCCUGUCCGUCAACAUUCCUUAGUUUUUUUUAAUUAAAUGUUUACUGUGGAGGAGUAAUUUUAUUUUAUGUCAAUCACUGUCACACACCUCAAAUAAUUUAUUUAGCAGAGUAAUAUUAAUUAAUUACAUGUUAUUAAUCAUGAUGGUGCUUUUUAAUUGUUCCUACAGAGACAAUGUGUGUGUUUCCUCUUUGAGGGGAAAAUCGAAUCUCCAAUAGUGAACCCAUUAACACUUGAAUAUAUUUGUUGUACUUUGCUGUAAUUGCUCCGUUUGUCCGAAAAAUUCUGAUAGUUUUAAGACGCUUGACCUACUCUGAAGUUGUGUUUUCAUACUUAGGGAUCAGCUUGUUAGAUUUGUAAUUGGCUGACAAUAAAUGUGCCGUGGAAAC